UACAGAUAAAAAAAAUGUAGCGGGUUUCCUCUCAAAGACUAUAUGUGAAAAUUACCAAAUGUUUGACAUCCAAUAGCCGAUGAUUAAACAAAAUAAAUUAAUGUUUUAACUCGACGCUGUCUGUAUCAUUUCAGCUUCACAGAGAUGCACGGCACCGGAGUUUUACACACAGAACACGAGUUUGUGCGCCGUCAUGGACACGUGUUCAAUCUUCCAGACAUACAGGUACGCAGAAGACAGUAUCCCACCUGACCUCUCGACCUUCAACCCGAUCCUGUUGCACGAAGGCGCCAUUUUGCACGAGGUUGACAGCAACAAAAAGUUUCGAUCUGUAGGAAAUGGAACUUUCUCAACUGCUUUUCUAGCACAAUUUCGAAGAAGCGGAAAGCCGGUUGUUGUCAAGACAUUUCGACGCAAAUAUCAAGAAUACGAUGGUAUAGACUUGGAGUUCAGAAUACACAAGUAUUUGGAAGACACGGGGCAUGUUCCAAACAUUUAUGGAUUACUCUCCACUGGGUCCGAAAUUGACGCAAUGUCACUUGUUAUUGAGUACUUACAAAACAGCAUAACACUGUCUAAACUUUUAAAUUCCGAUCAGAUACAAAUCCCAGCGUGUUUCUGGCUUUACAUAGGUCUUGAAAUUGCUAGAAUCUUACGAUCUUUUCACGAAAAACAAAUAGUUCACAACGAUCUUCAUGGGAACAAUGUGUUGAUCCAGUGGCGGGAAAAGGGAAUACAAGUCUACAUCAUUGACUUUGGCGGAGCCUCGUUUAGAUGCGGAACACAUCACAGUUUUUCAAACCAGGUCCUUUCGCCUUAUCUCCAUAUGGCACCGGAACUGGCGUAUGAAGUGUCAUCGCCUGCUGUUGACGUUUACGCACUGGGAAACAUUUUGAAAAAAGGUAAAAAAUAUGUCAACAGUAGUGUGUUUUCGGAACUGGCGGAACAAUGCCACCAAAAAGACAAGCUGUCAAGGCCAAACCUCGAUGACGUCAUAACGAAGUUACAAACGAUUGGUUCAAAUUGCAGCAACGUGACCGACUUUCUUCGAGAUUAUAAACCAGCAGCCGACAUAAAAUACGACGUGUUUAGUACCUUGUCACCUCCGCUUAUUGCAGCGGUUGCUCUUGAAGACAUAUUCGAUGUGGAACAAUGGACGAUCAGAGAAGAGUAUUAUAUACGCAUUGUUGAAUUCGUUCCAGCAAAGAGAAACGUCAUUGUGAAGAUUAUGUCAAACAGAUCGUUCAGUCUCGUGCGACAGGAUGCGUUAUUCCAUAUGUAUCUCAGCGAUACGGGUUACGUUUUGAAACUAAUAGGUCUCUCGAUCCUCAAGCCAGAGGAUGGUGAGGUGGUCACUGUGUUGGAGCUGUUUGCCAACGGGCGGACUUUAUCUGACGUGAUUAGCGUCGGACAGUGCAACACGCUUCCCUUCCUACUAGUAUUGUCUCUGGAUCUGUCAAAAGCAGUGGGGGAGAUUCACGGGAAGUCUGUCAUGAUCAACAAUCUGCGCAAUGACAGCGUUCUGGUAGACAUCGUUAACGGGGAACCGAAAGUUAAAAUAUCCCACUUGGUAGGUGCUUCGUUUGUGGGGAAAUACAUCGACGACAAUUAUGAGAAGAUGGCACCGGAAGUGGUCGCCGAUGAGGUCACGUCGUUCGCAUCAGAUAUAUAUACCCUGGGCGUCAUAUUGUCUGAAAUUUUUCAAAAUAUUAAAGAGAUGCCAAAUGAACUGCAAGUUUUAAUUAAAAGAUGUCAAAACGAAAAGCCUGGUUUGAGACCUACUGCUUCUCAAAUUGUUGAAUCAAUCAGUGACUCGAUCACACAGCUGUGGCGGAUCCAGAAAAUCCAUUUAGGGGAGCCUCAGUGGCAUGAGGCGCAAUGCCAAGGGAACUUUGUGGGGUUUGGAGGGGGAUCGUAAAAGAAAUGAAAAUAUAAAAUAAAAUUAUAACUGUCGCAAUACUUGGGGGUGAGGGUAGGGGGGGGGGGGGGACCAUAAACGCUACACUAUUGUCGCAGGAUUAUUUUAGUACUUUUUUGAUUUGUCUUGUUAAAAAUAUUACUAAAAAAAUUAACGAUCACACAUGACCCACCUCAUGAUCAGUUUUGGAAUCGUCUUCUUGAGUGGCACAGUACUGCAGAUGCAUGUUCAUUGUCAUGCAUGGCUAAGAUGCCUACAUGGAUUUUUUUCUCAGGUAGAUUAUGCACACACAAUCUUAUUUCGCUUUUAUUUUUUGUAACAAUGUGACAAUUGUGUGAACUGGAAUGACUAUCAAUUAAGGUGUAAAACGUUCGUUUUGUUUGCAUUUGUGUUUUCCUUUCAGUUUAAAUAAA